CAUCUGGUUUGCGAGUGUACGCUCCAAAAGUUCUGCUACUCGACCAUGGCUCCGCCUCAGCUCGAUUCCAACCUAGCCCUCUUCCUCCUCUUCGUGGCUUCAUGUUUCGUCAUCGUCGUCCGACGCCUUCAUCGGCGGCCGGGCCGCAACAACGGUGGCCGAGUAUUGCCGCCUUCGCCCCCGGGGCUGCCCAUCAUCGGCAACAUGCACCAGCUCGGCCGGGGGCACCACCACCGGAAGAUGCAGGCGCUCGCGCGGCGGCACGGCGAUAUCUUUCUCCUCUGGCUAGGCUCCGUGCCCGCUCUGGUAGUUUCCUCGGCCUCCAUGGCCGAGGAGGUGCUCAAGAACCAGGACCACGUCUUCUGCGGCCGUCCGCAGCAGCACACGGCCCGCGGCCUCCUUUAUGACUGCCGGGAUGUCGGCUUCAGCCCCUACGGCGAGCGGUGGCGCCAGCUUCGCCGCAUCGCCAUCGUGCACCUCCUCAGCGUGAAGCGGGUCGACUCCCUGCGGGCGCUCCGGGAGGAGGAGGUCGCGCCGUUGGUGGCUCGGAUCCGCGCCACGGGGGCCUCGGAUGAUGAGAGGGGCAGACUCCGAGCAGUGAACAUGAGCGAGCUCAUCGUAAGCUUAACCUACACUGUCAUCUCGAAGGCGGCGUUUGGGAACAAGCUCGGCGGCAUGGAUCCCGGGAGUCUCCGUGCGAUGAUGAAGGAGGUCACCGAUCUGUUCGAAACGGUCGCGGUGAGCGACAUGUUCCCGCGACUCCGGUGGGUGGACUGGGCGACGGGGCUCGACGCGAAGAUCAAGAGAGCGGCGGGCAAGCUUGACGACGUUCUCGAGAGAGCACUCCAGGAGCACGAGAAGAAGCCUGAAGAUGAGGAUGAGGCUGCUGACCUUCUUGACGACUUGCUUUUGGUGAUCAAGGAGGGAGGUGAGGGGCUUAACCUGGAUAGGAUUGAUGUCAAGGGGCUCAUCUUGGACCUUUUUGUAGGAGGAACCGAUACAACUUCCAAGGCGAUAGAGUGGGGAAUGGCCUAUCUAAUCAAGAACCCAAGAGAAAUGGCCAAAGUGCAAGAAGAGGUGAGGCAAGUUGCAGGGCCACAAGGAGUCCUAGAGGAGCAUCUUGGGAGGAUGAGCAGGCCGCAGGCAGCCCUGAAAGAAGCCAUGCGGUUACAUCCACCGGUGCCGCUGCUUAUCCCCCGUGAAACAAUCCAGGACACUGAACUCCACGGCUAUGACAUCCCUGCCAAGACUCGGGUCAUCAUCAACGCAUGGGCGAUUGGGAGGGACAAGGAAUCUUGGGAGAGCGCUGAGGAGUUCCUGCCAGACAGGUUCAUGCACAAUGCUAUCGACUACAAUGGCAGAGACUUCCGGUUCAUACCAUUUAGCACUGGGAGGAGGGGAUGCCCCGGCAUUGCAUUCGCGACACGCCUCGCCGAGCUUGCCCUAGCCAAUUUGCUGUACCAUUUCGACUGGGAGCUGCCGGAGGGCCAGGAUGUCGAGUCAUUUGAGGUCGUGGAGUCUAGUGGUCUGUCACCUGCUCUUAAGUUUGGCCUCAUCCUUGUCGCGAAACCUCCGCAAGCAUGAACCUUUCAGGCUGCAGGCAGCAGUAGGUACUUCUGUCAGAAACA